GGCGAAAACUACGUUGCUGUCCAAAAACAAUCUGUACCCUACUUUUGCUAUUCUUGUUUUCCUCCCUACUCGACCUUUUGUUAAGGUGGAAAAUACAACAAAAUGAGUAGAGCGCCGCGUCUGAUUGAACAGCAGCCGGAGGCACCGAAGGAUGGCGUCGAAAUGGAAGUUCUCGUGCUGGGAAUGCCUCGAACCGGAACGAAUUUGCUAGGUUCCAAGGAACUGUCCAACCUUACGGUCGCAGGGACUUUGACAAGCUCUUCAUGGGCAAAUGGAAUACAGAGUCGGCUGCGCAAGGAAAUCCGCACUAACCUUCCCUCAUCCACGAGGGCGAUUACAGCAGCAGAAGUCGACUCUCUGCCCUACCUCAACGCCUUCUGUAAUGAGGUCUUCCGCUUAUAUCCCCCGGUGCCCUCAAUAGUGCGGGAAACGAGGAUCGACACAUGCCUUGACGGCACUUUUAUCCCCAAAGGCACCACGUUGCUGAUCCUGGCAGGUGCAACAAAUCUCGACAAGGAGCGCUGGGGCCCCGAUGCCGAGGACUUCAACCCCGAUCGCUGGAUGGGCGAGGGCCGAGCCAAUAGCGGCGGCUCGGAUAGCAGUUAUGCUAACUUGAGUUUCUUGACCGGCCCCAGAGGGUAUAUUGAACAGUCAUUUGCCAAAUCGGAAUUGCUUUGCUUGGUGGCGGUUUUGGUGGGCAGGUUUAAUAUAGAGCUGCAGGACCCUAACAAGAAGUUAGAGAUUGUUCGGGCUAUCUCGGCUUCGCCAAGUGAUGGUGUUAUAGCGAGAUUUACAUGGUUAGAAGUAUAA